GAGGUAGAAGCUGGGUUAGAUAUUUGCAAGUCCAGGCGUUAGGGCUGGAGUUCGCACAUCUAGCAGCUGGAGUGUGUUGUGGUAGCUACUUUCCUGUGCUAAGCUGAUUUACUUGUUUAAGGUCUGACCUCAUCAUCCUGUCAGUAUGGGUUCCCACCUACACUGUUAGCAGCAGCUUUUCAGCUAGAAAGCUAGAAGUAUUCACAGUGCACCGAAGGCUGCAGGCAGCGGGGGAGGGGAACAAGAAAGGCGGCUCCAGGCACUUGUGCUUUUGUUAGUUCAACAGAAGAGGCGGACCAACAAGAGAUAACAAAGGUACCAUUUCCUUUCUGUGCGAGAAGGCUUUUUGUCUUUCCUCCGGCAAGAAUGUCAAUUUAUGGCAAGAAAGAGUUUGAUGUGAAACAGAUCCUAAGGCUACGCUGGAGGUGGUUUAGUCAUCCUUCUCAAGGUUCUCCCAGCCCUGGAAACUGCCUUCAGCAGGAAGGAUAUGAGCUUAGAGGGACCCCGGUUCAGGGCAGGUUGAAGAGCCACUCUCGGGACAGAAACGGACUGAAGAAAAGCAACAGUCCUGUCCACCACAACGUACUGGCACCAGUACCAGGACCGGCCCCUGCCCAUCAAGGAGCUUUUCAGAAUUGGCACCCACAAAAUCUGAUAGGACAUCUUCCAGCAAAUGAAGAUACUCCUAAAGCAGUUCCAGAGGAGAAUUUGUUCAAAAGAGCUUGUGAGAAACACUCCCAAGACUUGGAGAUGAUGGAACCAGGAUCUCCUAGAGAAAGCAUACGCCCUCUCCAGCGAAGCUUGGCAAUCCGGUUCAAUAAGGAGGUGUUUUUCACCAGACCAGAUAUAAAGAACAGACUCAUCACCGAUCGUAUAUGGGAUCCGACCUGGGGGAUCUCUGGUGUCUCAAACCAGAUGCUAACCAACGCGACACUCGUCAGGCACAAAUUACAUAAAAAAAAUCCUGAAGAAAUAAAUAGCAGCAUAUCUGAGAAGUGCCAUGUUUUAAGCCAUGCAGAUAUAACUCUCUGUAAAAUGGAAAGCUACUUGAAAGAGAGACAACUGUGUGAUGUGCUACUCAUUGCUGGACACCUUCGAAUCCCAGCACAUCGGUUGGUUCUCUGUGCAGUGUCCGAUUAUUUUGAUGCAAUGUUUACUAAUGAUAUGCUUGAAGCCAAACAAGAAGAAAUCAAGAUGGAAGGAAUUGAUCCUAAUGCACUGAAUUCCUUGGUGCAGUAUGCUUACACAGGUGUCCUGCAAUUGGAAGAAGAUACUGUAGAAAAUUUGAUGUCUGCAGCUUGCCUCCUGCAGGUGGUUCAAGUCAUUGAAGUUUGCUCUAAUUUUCUCAUAAGGCACCUCCAUCCUUCAAACUGCUUAGGGAUUCGCUCAUUUGGAGAUGCCCAGGGAUGUCCAGAGCUCCACAGUGUGGCACAUUCGUACACAAUGGACUACUUCUUCGAGGUAAUAAAGAACGAAGAAUUCCUCCUGCUUCCAGUUAAUCAACUUUCAGAACUUCUGUGCAGUGAUGACAUUAAUGUGCCUGAUGAAGAAACCAUUUUCCAUGCUCUAAUGAAGUGGGUGGAGCAUGAUGUGAAGGCCAGGCAGCAAGGCCUAGCGAAGCUGCUUUCUUACAUUAGGCUACCGUUACUUCCAACACAGUUGCUGGCGGAUCUUGAAAAUAAUCCUAUGUUUACUGGUAAUCUUGAAUGUCAGAAACUCCUGAUAGAAGCUAUGAAGUAUCAUCUGUUACCUGAAAGAAGACCCAUGAUGCAAAGCCCUCGGACGAAGCCUAGAAAAUCAACUGUGGGGGCUCUUUAUGCUGUGGGAGGCAUGGAUGCUCUAAAAGGUACCACUACAAUAGAAAAAUAUGACCUCAGGACCGACAUCUGGCUACCUGUUGGCACCAUGAGUGGCCGUAGGCUUCAGUUUGGAGUUGCAGUUAUUAAUAAUAAGCUCAUUGUCGUGGGAGGAAGAGAUGGUUUAAAAACUUUGAAUACUGUAGAAUGUUUUAACCCAGUUAGCAAAGUGUGGACUGUGAUGCCUCCCCUGUCAACACAUAGGCACGGCUUAGGUGUAGCCGUACUUGAAGGACCAAUGUAUGCUGUUGGUGGUCAUGAUGGAUGGAGUUAUCUAAAUACUGUAGAAAGAUGGGACCCUCAGGCAUGUCAGUGGAAUUAUGUGGCCAGUAUGUCAACUGCUAGAAGCUCAGUUGCUGUUGUUGCAUUAAACAACAAGCUAUAUGCUAUUGGUGGACGUGAUGGAAGUUCCUGCCUCAGAACAAUGGAAUUCUUUGAUCCACACACUAACAAGUGGAGUCUGUGUUCUCCAAUGUCCAAGAGACGUGGAUGUGUCGCAGCUGCAACAUACAAUGGAUUCAUAUAUGUUGUGGGGGGUCAUGAUGCCCCUACUUCUAACCAUUGCUCCAGGCUUCAUGACUGUGUGGAAAGGUAUGAUCCAAAAUAUGAUUUAUGGUCAACGGUGGCGCCUCUGAGUUUUCCUCGCGAUUCUGUUGCUGUGUGUGCCCUAGGAGACAAGCUCUAUGUGGUUGGAGGAUAUGAUGGACAUGCUUAUUUGAACACUGUUGAGUCAUAUGAUCCACAGAAAGAUGAAUGGAAACAGGAAAUUCCUGUUAAAAUGCCAAGAGCUGGUGCAUCUGUUGUGGUGAUAAAGUUACCAUAAAGCUAUGUUUAUCAAAGGGAAGAAAACUGGAUACUUUUUAGAAAUGGAGUAGGAAGAAGAGAGGAAGAAAAAAAUGUUCUUUCCUUGAAUUAGUAAGCAAACAUGAAAAUUCUUUUGUUAUUUUAAUACAUACUUAUCAUUGUUCUAAUCUGUGAAGCCAAAACAUAAGUUACCUGUAGGUGUUAAGUUUAUAUGUUGUUAUAGCUGAUAAUAUAAAUGGAAGUCCACUAGUCUAAGUUUAGCCUCAUUACUUUAAAAUGUUUAAAGGAAAUUGAUAAUGGCCAAGGUAUGAGAGGUUAUAAAAGCAUUGUUAAUUGUUAAGAGUCUAAGAAGUUCAAAACAUUUUCUAUUUCAAAAAAAAAGGUACUCUAUUAUCUGGAACAUAACUAAUAUAAAACAGAACAUCUAAAGUUUAAAAUAUGAAGUCUGGUUUUCAGUAAGACAUCAUUCUCUUAUUCAAAAAAAAAUCUCCACUAGCUAAAUGAUACCUCACAUUUACCAAGAAGAAAGCUUUUACUGUGUUGAGGGGAAAAAAAACUCAUUGACAUAAUUUGUUGUGAUGAUCACAGUAUGUUAAAAUUUUCACAAACUUAUACUUUUAAAGUACCAUCUUCCAAAGCAUACAUAUAAAUUUGGUAUUCUUUAACAUGUUGUCUUGUUAGAUUUGUUACCAGCAAAAUAUUACUGGUCAUUUCAUAUACACAAUCUAUACAGUAAAAUAGUGAAUAUUUAUCAUAUUGAUACAAACUGUGACCUCAGCUUUAAAGUUUCAGGGCUUCACUUGUAUAGAAAGUAAUCUUCUCAAACAUUUUUGUGAACUCUGUCAACACCUACCAUUAAGUUUAACAAAUUUUCAAAAACAAUUUUGAAAGUGCAGUAAAAUUGGGAUGCUCGACAAUAUUAACACUUGGAAACGAAAAUAUGUUCAAUCUAUGAUAAAUUCUGUAAUUAUCUUUUAUGUACUAAUACAUGCUUUUCUGUCAAUGUUAUAUUCAUACAGUAGAAAAUGUUAAGGAUAGAUGUACUACAAUAAACAUUUUUAAAUGAAAAAACAACAAAAUGGCUAGUUGGGUAGUACUUUACCUUUAAAUUUUUACUUCCA